CCAAAUAAUAUCAUCAAGCCUUGUACACAAGCCACAAACACAAACAAGUACACUAGAGUUCCAUAAACAAUUAAUCAUCCAAACCCUCUCCUCUUUCCUAUCUCCUCCACCCUACCCACAACUUCCAAAUCUCACAAAAACAUGUUGGAACAAUCAUUAUCAUCCUCACCAACAUUCUGGGCUGCUCUCUACAGCUGGUUCACUCCCACUGUCUUCUUCCUCCUCCUCCAGCUCGUUAUUGCCACCAUUUACAUCACUUCCACCCUUGCAAAUGCCACCCACAAACACCACCACCAACAAGAUCCUAACUUUCCACAACAACAACAACUCUUUAGAUCUCCUUCUGUUUUACAAAGACUCAAAUCCAUCAACCUUUACUCUUACCAAAACUAUAAUAGAUCCCAACAUGAACAACAUCACACUCCACAACCUCAAACCUACCAUAAUGAACAACAUCACACUCCACAGCCUCAAACCUACGAAAACGAAAUCCAUGUACCUCAACUCGCUAGAUCUCCCUCUGUUUUGCAGAGACUCAAAUCCAUCAACCUUUAUAGUUACUUCCCUACUCAACCCUUCACUACAAAACUCGAAAACACCAACGUGGAAGUUAAAGAAUCAGAAGAAAACGAUGUUUUGGGAGAGAUAAGAGACAACCUCGGAGGAAACAAAGAAGAGGAGGGUCAUCAUGUUUCUUUAGAAGAGGUUUUCAUGAAAUUGCAGGGGCAGGGAGGUAAUUUCGCAAGGACGCAUUCAGACACCAAGCCGGAUUCAGGGGAGGUUCCGGUGAAGCUGUCGAGGAAGAUGAAGAAAUCUGCAAGCAAUAAAUCUGCGUUUUCUCAUUUCAAGGAAGAUGACAUUGUGGAGAGCCGCCGGCCGGCCACCGUGAAAGAGGCUAAAGCUGCCGCCAUGGAUGAGGACGAGUUGGUUGAUUCUAAGGCGGAUGAUUUCAUCAACAAGUUCAAACAACAGUUGAAGUUGCAGAGGAUUGAUUCAAUUAUGAGGUAUAAGAAUAUGGUUAACAAAGGAAUUAGCAAGUAAAUUAACAUAAUAAUCAUGUUUAUCAUAAUUACAUUAGUAUUAUAAUAUAUUAUUAUUAUUAUUAUUUAUUAAUUUAGUUAAUUUAGGGUUUCAUUUCUCUUUGUUAUGUAAAAUUAGUCAUUUUUGUGAGUACGUAUGUGUUAGUUGAUUUAGAUAAUUGCGAGUUGUUGAUUCAGAGUUUAAAAAAUUGUUUUUAUAAGUAAUUUUUUUUAAGUGGAAUUGUGAGUGUUGGGUUAAUUUGAGCCUUUUGUUUGUGGAUGAUGGAAGUAGUAGUGAAGAAUUAUUGUUUGUAUUUCUAUAAAUAACAGAAUAUAUGCUUUUUGUUGUUUGUA